AUGUUCUCGGCCACGCGAAGAUGGUUCCAGCGCAACCGGACCCCCAUUGCCAUUGGCGCCGGCGUCAUAGGUGCUGGCUAUCUGGCCACCCAGUAUGUGCUGGCCAAGAUCAAUGAUGCCCGCGAGCGCAUGAGCAGCGACCGCAUCGCCAAGGAGAAUCUGCGCCGCCGUUUCGAGCAGAACCAGGAGGACUGCACCUUCACCGUCCUGGCCCUGCUGCCCACCGUCACCACCAACAUCCUCGAGGCCAUGAACACCGAGAAGAUCACGCUGGAGAUCCAGCAGAUGAAGUCUGUCAAGGCCACGCGGACCGGCGAGCCAUCCGCCACCCCGCCGAGCAUUGCCGACACCACCAUGACCGAGGACGAGGGCAGGAGCACCAUGAGCUUGCAGAGUGACAGCGGCGUCCACGCGAGCCAGGUUGCCUUGCCACCCCCGGCCGCAGCCGCAGCCGCAGCCGGAGCCGGCGAAGGUAACCAAGACGGCGGCCAGGCUGCCCAGACGGCCCAGGCGCCCCAGAAACCGAGGAGGACAAAGAGACAGCUCUGGGACGACUUGACGAUAAGCUCAAUAACACGGGCCAUAACCCUGAUCUACACACUGACCCUCCUUACCAUGUUGACGAGAGUCCAGCUCAACCUCCUCGGCCGCCGAAGCUAUCUAUCGAGCGUCAUCUCGCUGGCCACGGGGACCGGCCAGUCCGGCAUAAGCCUGGAAAAUAAUGAUGAUGAUAAUGCAGAGCAGGACUACGGAAACGACUUUGAUAUCAACCGAAAGUACCUUACCUUCAGCUGGUGGCUACUGAACAGGGGAUGGGUCGAGAUUAUGAAGCGCGUCGAGGAGGCCGUCCGCGAGGUGUUCGGACAUCUCAGCCCGCGCGACGUCCUGAGCUUCGAUACCUUCUCCCAGCUCGUCAUCGAAGUCCGGCGGAAAGUAGAGGCACAGGCCGACGGCGAGGCAAAGGGGUCGAAGUGGCUGCCCCUGAUCCUGCCCCCGGCCGACCAGGAGGACUUUGUGCUGAGGGAAUCCGGGGUCCUCGGCGACAGCGCCACCGCCGAGACGGCAACCGGCACCUCGACGCCGCCGGCCUCGCCCACCCCCUCGGCGCUCCGACGCAUGCUGGACGAGACGUCGGACCUUAUCGAGUCUCCGGCCUUCGCGCACGUGCUGACCCGCCUGCUCGACGCCGGCUUCUCUGUGCUGCUGUCCAAGAAGCUGCUGCAGGGGGCCUUCGACCUGCCGACCGCCAUCCCCGAGCUCGAGGAGGUCCGCGGCGACGAGGACCAGCCCACCACCAAGGCCGUGCUGCUCCCCAAGAUCCUGUCGGUGCUGACGCGCCAGGCGCACUCGAUCGGCAACGGCAUGCCCAACGAGUACCUGCAGGAGAUGGAGCAGGUGCGCGACCUCGAGGCCUUCGCCGCCCUCGUCUACUCGAGCAACUGGGAGAACGAGAUCCAGGACGACGGCUUCGUCAACGUCGCCCGGCCCGAGGGCGCGAGCCCCGCGGUCGAGAGCCUCCUGUCGCCCGAGAGCGUGAAGCCGAGCCAGGUCUCGUCCACGGGGCUCGCGGACGAGAGCGUGGUCUUGGUCGACCGAGACCCGUCGACGCAGUUCUCGUUCGAGAGCGCGUGGGAGAAGGCCGUGGAGCAGAAGUAG